ACCGCAGCUGAGAAGACACUUCUAAGAGGUACAGCUAAAAGGUGGAGGACUGAUAGACAACUUAGAGGUUGGUUUCGGGAACGAUAAAAUAAGCAAUGGGCUGCCCGGCCUGCGCCGCGGAGUCCCGAGGAGCCUGAGCUGUGCUCCUCGCGCGGUGUCUCGUCAUCUCCGGGAAGACUCGGCGCCUGGGUCCGCGCUCUCUGGGUAAGCCUUCCGGGAAGCUUUCCCGGGAGCUCGCUGGUCCUGGCCCCAGAAGCCUGCGGACCCACCCAGGGAGGAUAAGCAGCUGAACGGCCGCGCGGUGCCGCUCCCAGGCCGGGACGUGGGCCCAUAGUCGUCCUGGCGCCACCUUUCCGGGGGAAGCCACGCGCACCCGGCAUCGCACGCGGCUCUGCACCCGCGCCGCCGGACCUGAAACCCAGCGGAGGGCACACGGGGCUGCCGCUGCGGGCCCCGGACCAACCCACGCUUACUCCGGAGCCCGUACCGGCGACGACGGGUCGGACCUCCCUGCGCGGAGUCGCCCCGCGCGUAUGUGCGAAAGGCGGGGCCGACUACACGCGGUGCUGCGCCCUGCGACCGGUUAUCUGCAGUCAACGCAGCCUCCCGGCUCAGCCUGGGACGAUGCGCGAAUCGGGAACCCCAGAGCGCGGUGGCUAGACCAGGCUCCGCCGCCUCCCCCACAGCCCUUUUCCCAGUCGUUCAGACGGAGCCUGGUCGACUUCGCCGGAGACUGCCAGAUCUCGUUCCUCUUCCCUGUGUCAUCUUCUUAAUUAUAAAUAAUGGGGGAUGAAGAUAAAAGAAUUACAUAUGAAGAUUCAGAACCAUCCACAGGAAUGAAUCACAUGCCCUCCAUGCAUCAAGAAACCCAGGAGGAGACAGUUAUGAAGCUCAAAGGUAUAGAUGCAAAUGAACCAACAGAAGGAAGUAUUCUUUUGAAAAGCAAUGAAAAAAAGCUACAAGAAACACCAACUGAAGCAAAUCACGUACAAAGGCUGAGACAAAUGCUGGCUUGCCCUCCACAUGGUUUACUGGACAGGGUCAUAACAAAUGUUACCGUCAUUGUUCUUCUGUGGGCUGUAGUUUGGUCAAUUACUGGCAGUGAAUGUCUUCCUGGAGGAAACCUAUUUGGAAUUGUAAUCCUAUUCUAUUGUGCCAUCAUUGGAGGUAAACUUUUGCGGCUUAUUAAGUUACCUACAUUGCCUCCACUGCCUUCUCUUCUUGGCAUGCUGCUUGCAGGGUUUCUCAUCAGAAAUAUCCCAGUCAUCAACGAUAAUGUGCAGAUCAAGCACAAGUGGUCUUCCUCUUUGAGAAGCAUAGCCCUGUCUAUCAUCCUGGUUCGUGCUGGCCUUGGUCUGGAUUCAAAGGCCCUGAAGAAGUUAAAGGGCGUUUGUGUAAGACUGUCCAUGGGUCCCUGUAUUGUGGAGGCGUGCACAUCUGCUCUUCUUGCCCAUUACCUGCUGGGUUUACCAUGGCAAUGGGGAUUUAUACUGGGUUUUGUUUUAGGUGCUGUAUCUCCAGCUGUUGUGGUGCCUUCAAUGCUCCUUUUGCAGGGAGGAGGCUAUGGUGUUGAGAAGGGUGUCCCAACCUUGCUCAUGGCAGCUGGCAGCUUCGAUGACAUUCUGGCCAUCACUGGCUUCAACACAUGCUUGGGCAUAGCCUUUUCCACAGGCUCUACUGUCUUUAAUGUCCUCAGAGGAGUUUUGGAGGUGGUAAUUGGUGUGGCAACUGGAUCUGUUCUUGGAUUUUUCAUUCAAUACUUUCCAAGCCGUGACCAGGACAAACUUGUGUGUAAGAGAACAUUCCUUGUGUUGGGGUUGUCUGUGCUAGCUGUGUUCAGCAGCGUGCAUUUUGGUUUCCCUGGAUCAGGAGGACUGUGCACGUUGGUCAUGGCUUUCCUUGCAGGCAUGGGAUGGACCAGCGAAAAGGCAGAGGUUGAAAAGAUAAUUGCAGUUGCCUGGGACAUUUUUCAGCCCCUUCUUUUUGGACUAAUUGGAGCAGAGGUAUCUAUUGCAUCUCUCAGACCAGAAACUGUAGGCCUUUGUGUUGCCACCGUAGGCAUUGCAGUAUUGAUACGAAUUUUGACUACAUUUCUGAUGGUGUGUUUUGCUGGUUUUAACUUAAAAGAAAAGAUAUUUAUUUCUUUUGCAUGGCUUCCAAAGGCCACAGUUCAGGCUGCAAUAGGAUCUGUGGCUUUGGACACAGCAAGGUCACAUGGAGAGAAACAAUUAGAAGACUAUGGAAUGGAUGUGUUGACAGUGGCAUUUUUGUCCAUCCUCAUCACAGCCCCAAUUGGAAGUCUGCUUAUUGGUUUACUGGGCCCCAGGCUUCUGCAGAAAGUUGAACAUCAAAACGAAGAUGAAAAAGUUCAAGGAGAGACUUCUGUGCAAGUUUAGAGGUGAAAAGAGAGAGUGCUGAACAUAAUGUUUAGAAAGCUGCUACUUUUUUCAAGAUGCAUAUUGAAAUAUGUAAUGUUUAAGCUUAAAAUGUAAUAGAACCAAAAGUGUAGCUGUUUCUUUAGACAGCAUUUUUAGCCCUUGCUCUUUCCAUGUGGGUGGUAAUGAUCUAUAUCACCAACCUUAAUCUCUCUACCUUUUUUUUCAAACACCCCUUCAUCAUCCAUCUUAAUUUGCAUAAGGACAUAUCUACUUUAAUGUACUACCACAGUUUACAGUUAACAUGGGAAAGACCAGCUUCAGUAUCCUCUUCAGCUAGGAUUGCUCUUUUAACUUUCACAGUUUGCUGAUUCAUAUUUGCCCAGGCUCUGAUGCCUUGAAUUGGUUUUGGCUCUUCUUUUUUGGUUUUGUUUUUGUUGUUAAACAUCAUAAUGCAGUCUCUCAUUAAUUUUACCCUCAUUUUCCCUGAUAAUCUGCCUCUUCUCCAUUUCUCCUUCCCUUACUACCUUUCUUUGAAUUACUGUAACUGAUUGGUCCCACCAAAAUUUUAAAGUACAUGAAGUAUCUUCAUUGGUUCAUCCUCUUGCCCCCUCCAGACGUCAAAAAACUUUAUCCUGCCCCCUAGCUGAUGACCCAGGUUCCUUUAUUUCAGUGGCCCAUAUGAGUCUACCUUCCCCUAAGGAGUGCCCUAAUCCAGCCCUUUUUUCAUUUGUUUUUAUGACCCAUAUCUUAGGCUCUUCCCAUUUCUAGAUGGGAGAUAGAUAAGUUUCAAGUCUAUGCCAGUCUUAUGAAUAUUACAUUAGGGUAAUGUGCUAUAAUGAAGAAACAAAAAAUACAGUGCUUAAAAGAAAAUAGAAUUCUAUUUCCGUCUAAUGAAACUGGCUGGUUGGUUAAUACUAACAGGGUUACUCUGCUCAUGAGGUCUGCUCAGAGUCCCAUAUCUUUCUGUCCUGAAGCUCUGCCAUGCCCUAGCUUAGGACAUGGCUUAACCUAUUUAUGCCAGAGGUUGCAAAAUUUUUUGUGAAACAUCAGACCUUGGUGAUGACCUUGAGCAGUAGGAUAUAAAUAACUCCCACAGGCUUAGCGUUCUAAUAAUGGAACACUAGGCAUAAAUGGGUUAAAAAUGGAUCUCUACCAUGUCUCCAUUCUAUCUCUCAAGGAAAAUGCAAGUAUAGCAAUUUAUUUUUGAGGAAGUGAUGUGGAAGUUGGACACAUCUCUUCUCCUACAUUUAUUCGUAAUGAUCAUAUCUGGCUGCUAAGUGUUGUCUCUAGCUAAGCAUUCAUACUCCUAGGAGGAAUGGAACAUCAGAUUUUUGGGGCCAGAGCUUCCACUAUGUUGGAUGUUAUCAUCACUUAGUAGCAUAUUCUUACAUGCAAACAAAAGCUUUUGAAAGACAUUGCCUUAAACCAAAAGAGUGACUUCUAUGGCAGGAAUUUCAGAAAUUGUGACUUGCCAGCAGAGAAAAUAUUAGAAGAAAGACUUACCUGCAUAGGUCAUAUUUUAUCCUACUUUGUAACAGGCCAUCUCUGCUUUUGUGUAUCACUCAUAAGUUCCUCUUCACUCUAGGUCAUCUUCUGUGUAGUUACUGAAAUAAUCACAUUCACAUACAGUUUACGGUUUUUAUCAUGUUAUCUGUGUACCUGAAGUGUUUAUUAUAUACUUGUCAUAUCCUAUCUAAACUCCUCAACCUAGAAUUCAAAGUUCAUUUUAAUCUUGAAGUAGGUAUUAAAUAUGUAUUAGAUGAAUGAAUUAUGAAUAUCCUAAUCCCACCAAGCUAAUCUGCAUAAAUAAAGCCUGUCCAUUCCUCUCUUCAUUAGACUUCUGUUCGAGCCCUAUCCACCAUGGCUUUCACCUCUAUUCAAAACUAGUUUAAUAUUCACUUCUUCUAAAUAGCCUUCAAUUUUAUGUCAACUUGACUGGUUACCCUAUGGUGCUGUAUUCCUUUAAUGUUUAUGCUCUUGAUUUGGACUUAAUUUAUACCAAAGGUCAGAUAAGUGUUUUGAACUGAACUUCAUUGGUUAGGUACACUUUGCUGGGGGCACCAUAAACUUGAUGAUCAUCUGGUCCUCUAUUUUUGCAGGCUCUAAAAGUAGAUGCAUCCAAAAAAUACUUACUGAAAGCUUUUGAGAUCCAGGCACAUCAUCAGGAAUAAUAUUGUCCCUGUCCUUAAGGAUUUAACAGUCCAAUAGAGACGACGGACAAAUAAGAGAAUGCAAAACAAUAUGAUAAGUGCUAUUAUGCAGGAACUACAGGGCUGCUAGGGAGCGCAUGGCAGGAGCACUCGAUCAAUCCAAGGGUGGUGGAGUUUAGGCACAGCUUCCCAGAGAAAGUAGGGCAUUGGCUGAGGGAAGAUUAGGACUUAGCCAGCAAAAGGGAUGUGAGACCAAAAAGUGUUACCCUUCAUGCUGUUUCCCAGGUAAUCAGUGGCAUUUUCUCCAAGUAACAGGCUUGGAAUAUUUAUUAACUUAUACAUAAUACAGUUAGUAUAACUAAAUCAGAAUGCUAUUGAAUAUGUUUAGGGCCCCUAGGAAAAUUAGAAAUGGAAGUCCACAGAGUAUAGAAAUGAUUAAAGGGCACCUCAAGCCACUGCCAAUACCUGUUUCAUUUUGCAAGUCAUGCAGCAAACUCUUUUCUACCUCUAAGAGGGCAGCCACCAUCUAAAUCUCUGUGACUGCCCAGUGCUGGUUUUUUGACUUCCUCUAUUGGAUCUCUGAAAUUUGUGCCUAUUCCUGGAAGCUCUUUGUAGGAAUUUAUUAAUUGCUAUAAGACUAUGUUGCUGUUAUAUAUCAUGGAGAUGGUGAGGUUAAGAAUGACAGAGGCUGACCAUUCAGCAGGGGGUUUGUCACCACAUUGAAAGCCACAUCUCUUGACUUGGUUGGUGAACUUAGGGUUAACCCGAUAGAGUACUGACCAACCCAACCCAUCCCCACUUAAACCACAGAUAGAAACAAUUACUCUAACUUUUGGGUCCCUUAUACAUACUUAUGUCAGAGCACAUAUAACACUUUUUUUCAGUUUAUUUACAUGUUUGUCUCUUAUUAAAUCAGCUCCCUAUGGGUAGGAACCUUGUCUUAAUUAUCCUUGAAUCCUCAGCAUUUUUCACAGGGCAUGGAACACAGUAGACAUUUAAUAAACAUUUACUGACUAAAUCUGAGAGGAAGAGGAUCCUCUCUCAAUAUCAGAAAACUACUUGCCACACGACAGUUUGGAUCUUAGUCUGCUUAGUCUAUCUUAGUCAGCUUGGGCUGCUAUAAUAAAAUACCAUACACUGGGUGGCUUACACAACAGAAACUUACUUCUAUUAAAGGUUGGAAGUUUGAGAUCAGGAUGCCAGCAUUGUUGGACUCUGGUGAAGUCUCUCUCCCUGGCUUGCCAAUGGCCACCUUCUCACUGUGUCAUCACAUGACACCGAGAGAGAGCAAGCAAGCUCUCUGAUGUCUCUUCCUAUAAGGGUACUCUAAUCACAGCAUGAGGGCCCUACCCUCAUGACCUCAUCCAAAUCUAAUUGCCUUCCCAAAUCCUCAUAUCCAAAUACAUCACAUUGGAAGUUGGGGCUUCAACAUAUGAAUUUGUGAGGAAGGACAUAAUUCAGUCCCUGAAAGAAGUGUCAUAUUUCCAAGGACAGUAUUUUUCUCUCUGGUAUUAACUCCCAGUCACCUUGAUUGACCUUGAUGUCCUCAAAAUUUCCUCAGGUAUACAUUUGCAAAUGAUCUCAACCACUACAUUCUUUAAAAAUAGUAUUUUUUUUCUGAUUAUAAAGUAACACAUUUUCAUUGCAGAAAAUUUAGAACACAGAAAAAUACAAACAAGAAAACUGAAACUAAUAUAAACAUCUAUUUUAUUUUUCUUUAAAAUUGUACUGCAGUUUUGGGGGAUGUAUUAUUUUCAGAAAGAUAUAUCAUCAACUGAAUUUGUUGGGUGAAAGGCAACAUAAGUAUUUCAUAUUUGACUUUUAUGAUGCUAUGUAGAUUGAAGAAUUUUGUUGUGUAUAAUGAAUGCUAAGCCUUCAUGUUUAUAUUCAGAUAUUCAUUUUGCAAUGAAUAAAACAGACAUAUCCCUGC